GAUCGAGAUAGAAGGUACAGUAUUUGUCGCUUCCCUUAUAACGUCUCCAUGUACGCUUCUUCCUCUUUUAGGACUGUAGCUAACAUCCAUCUCAGGUUUGAUGACCGACGUGGCGGGGAAAGCUACCGCCCGUCAGACAGAAUAGAUCGUUCUGCAUCUCGAGACUUCACACGCUCUCCUUGGACGCCUGCUCGAAACCGGUCACCUCGUCCCUUGGCCGAUACAUGGGUACCAUCUGGUGGUCGGCCAUCUGAUCGUCCGCGCAGUCGCUCUCCGCCUCCGUCCUUUCGGCGUCGGUCGCGCAGUCCUCCAUAUCGAAAUCGAGAUGCGGGAAUCGGAUACCGUGGGAGGACACGAUCGCCUCCACGAAGACUUUCUCCGAGAAGAGACCAAAGAAUCAGGUCUCCCAAUCGUCAUUCUUGGCGCGGAGGGUCUCCUUAUUCUGGACCACGGUCUCCGCGCGCUUCGAGACCCCGUAGUCCGCCUAAGCGCAUCAGGGGGCAUUCUCCCUCCGGUCGCUAUUCAAGGUCCCCCAGACGGGAACGCUAUGGCUCAUCUGCCUCGGAUAGACAUACGAGAGCACCUUCACCGGCUCGACGGGGUAUAACACGAGGAGGCAGUUCGCGAGGGGGGUUUUCUACUCGUUCGCGUAGUCCUACACUUAGAGACAGAGGCCGGGAGUCUUUCGCGGCUAACGCGUCCAGAAGACGCUCUCCUACACCUCCAAGACAGGCUCCAUCUACGCAUGCAUCUGCCCAAGGUUCCACUGCUACGUCUCAGCGAUCAUCACCGCGUAUACAUCCCGACAGGCUUAGCGUACCUGCGUCGGAGCACCCAAGUCACUCUCCAGCAAGUCGAUCAGAUACUCCUCGACGCGAUUCUAGGCCUAGGGAUACACCAUCUUCACAUAUGAUGAAGUCACCUUCCGAAGAUCAGGGGCAACCUUCUCAGGAACAACAUCAAACGGCGUCACCCAACACAAUGGACCUAUCAGUCCCGAGAAGUGGCGAGCGUGGUCGUGAUGGAGAUGCCAGUGAAAUAACACGACGCUCAUCAAAACCGUAUGCGCCAACAGUAUCAGUCCCACCAAGUGGACCACAGGCGCUUAGGAGACAGUCAAAUGCUUCUUGGGUCUCGUCCACACCAACUUCUCGUGAGAUGCAACUUCCAUCUGGCCCUUCAAACAGUUUUGCGGCUGCAUCUACAGCAGGUCGUGGGAGCAACAUUUCCUUACUUUCCGCCCCAACCAGGCCCCGUGGUGGUCCUAGUUUCAGUAACCGUGAGAGUCCACGUGAACCAUCAUGGGCAGCAACUGCGCCGCCGCCGCCGCGUCGUGGACCUAUCCAGCAAACUUAUCACGGGACUCCUCCCACAGGACCUCGGGGCAGCUUUGCGCCUCCUCCGCUGGGAUACGACUCCUCGCGACAUCCCCAAUAUCGACGAAGCAGUAGUACUUCCGGUAUUCAUCCUCGCGCUCAGAAGGUCACGAAUCAUCUUUCGGGCCUCCCUGCUAUUAUCGCGGGAGGAAAGCUCCUUCCGUCCCCGUUGGAUCCCGCAACUGAGAGACGACUGUCCCAGCUAGAAACAGAUCAGGAGAAGUUAUUCGAACAAGUCGCGGAGAAACAGAGAUUGAAAAGGGCUGUUCUCAGGGACUGGGACAAGUUGGACAGGGAGAGCGCAACCGGUGCGUUGAGAAGUGAAUUGGCUGAAGGUCAUUUGCAGCGCAUGGCCGAGGGGGAGAGUAUUGGUGGCGGAACGGCGUUCUGAAAGGCCCUCUUUAUUUACUUCCUGAUUUAUGAGCGCACUGGAGCAGGUCGGCGUUGGGAAUGACUGGGAGCACGGUGGAAAAUUGCAUCGAUAUGGGAUACCUAUGGUGGGAAGGGUCUGUAUGAAUAAUAGCAUGAGGAGUUAUCAGCGGGCAUAUUUUGUUUGUAACAGCAUAGCUAGACUUAAGAAGUAUUAAUUUUAACUACUAUGGUAUUCAAUGGUGG